AUGACUCACGAUGAUCACAUUGAGGAAACAAAGCCUACCAUUCGUAACUUUCGUGGAAUAGAAUAUGAUAUAAAUGACCCCAAAUUUCAAGGUCUAUCAAAGAGAGCUAUUAAGCGUUUAUUAAGAGACGAAAAAUGGGAAGAAACUAAAGAUGAAAGAAAAAUUGCAAUGAGAGAGAAAGUACGAUUAAAACGUAUUGAAAGACGAAAGUUAAUGAGAGAAGGUGUGAUCGAACGUCCACCUACAAAGAAAAAAUUAGCUUAUUUAAGUGAAGUGACUAAUGUUGGUCUUAUUAUUGAUUGUAGUUUUAAUCAUUUAAUGACUGAAAAGGAAAUUCAAUCAUUUGUUAAACAAUUAAGUUACUCUUAUGGGAAGAACAAAACUGCACCUAAAGCAAUGAAGUUGGCUCUAACUUCUUUUGAUGACACUUUAAAACAAGUCAUGAAUGAUAAAUUACCUACUUGGCAGCAAUGGAUUGAUCAUAACAAGGAACAGAGAAACAAAGUAUCAAUUCAUUCUACUUGUUAUUUGGAUUUAUUUCCUAAAGAAAGUUUAGUUUAUUUAUCUGCUGAUUCAGAUAAUGUAAUCGAAAAACUAGAAGAAGGCAAAUAUUAUAUUAUAGGUGGCAUUGUUGAUAAAAAUCGAUAUAAGAAUCUAUGUCAAGACAAAGCGGUUAAACAAGACAUUCAAACUGCUCGAUUGCCUAUUAGUGAUUAUUUACAAAUGUCAAGUAGAAAAGUUUUAACUGUUAAUCAAGUAUGUGAAAUUAUGUUAAAAUGGUUAGAGUUCAAUGAUUGGCAAAAAGCGUUCAUGGAAGUUAUACCAGGCAGAAAAUUAAAAGAUGUUCAGCUUGUUGAAUAA